CUGUCAGUCGCUAUGUUUUUCAAACUGUGGCAUGUUGUGGAUGCUGAUAAUGCGCAAGUGUGAUUUGUGAUUGACAAGUGAUUGUAAUGUGAAAAGGUGUCUGCGCAGUAUGUGUGCACCAAUGAUGAGGCUAAAGCUAUGCGUAUUCUGAGGGGAGUAUUUUUCUAAACUGGCUUCCGGGCUCGCGAAGCAUUUCUUGUACGGUAUAUUCCCGCUGUAAAGCUGAUUUUCAACUCGAGCUCUCGGUGGCCGUGAUAUUUGACUAAACAACUGAAGUCAGAAAUGUCCGUAUUUACUGAACCAUCACAACUGCCUACUUCAGUGAAGCAGGAGAUAAAAGAUGAAGAAUUUGAUGAUUUCCUACAAGAGUAUCUGUCUACAAUCAAGACAGUGGAAGAAAAGCUUGGACUGGAAUAUGAAUGCAAGACUGAAAUGAACACAUCACCCACCAUGACCUUGAAAGAAGAAAAGUAUUCACCAAUGGAAAUUAAACAGGAAGAAGAAUCUGAUUCAACAGAAAAUGGUCGCGAUGACUCUUCUCCUAUAAGACACAUUCAAAGGAUUCAAUCUAAGAUGAGAGGGAACUCUGAUGAAGACAAUCGCUCACACCUAACUGUGCAUAUGAUGACAUAUACCGGAGAAAAGCCACUUCAGUGUUCUCAGUGUGGAAAGACCUUUGAUGGCACAUCUAACCUCAAGGCACACCUGAAGACCCAUACUGGGGAAAGGCCUUACCAGUGUCCUCAAUGUGGAAAAACCUUUAAAGGCAAAUCUAAUCUCAAGAAACACCAGAGGAUCCAUACUGGGGAAAGACCUUAUCAGUGUUCUCUAUGUGAAAAAACCUUUAGCCAAAUGGGUCAUCUCAAGACACACCUGAGGAACCAUACUGGAGAAAAGCCACUUCAGUGUUCUCAGUGUGGAAAGGCCUUUAAUGACCCAUCUAGCCUCAAGAUACACCAGAGGAUCCAUACUGGGGAAACACCUUAUAAGUGCGCCCAGUGUGGAAAAACCUUUAACCAAAUGUCUAAUCUCAAGACACACCAGAGUAUCCAUGCUAAAGAAAAGCUACAUCAGUGUACUCAGUGCGUAAAGGCCUUUAAAGACCCAUCUAGCCUCAAGAAACACCAGAGGAUCCAUACUGGGGAAAGGCCUCAUCAGUGUCCUCAGUGUGGAAAGGCCUUUCAUGACACAUCUAACCUCAAGGCACACCUGAAGAUCCAUACUGGGGAAAGGCCUUACCAGUGUCCUCAGUGUGGAAAGUAUUUCAAUCGUAACCCUGACCUCACCCAACAUCAGAUUACACAUAGUGGAGAAAAGCCACAUCUGUGUUCUCUGUGUGGGAGGGCCUUUAGCCGAAUAUCUGCUCUCAAGAAACACCAGAAGAUCCAUUCAAAUUAUGUGCUGCCCUGCUAAUACAUGAUGGAGUAUCAUUUACUGAAAUAUUUUGUUUUAAACAACAUUUGAUGCACAAGAUGAUGUAUUAUUUUAUCAUAUUUGAAACAUGUGUUGGGGUAGGGAUUGAAACAUGAAUUGUUAGGGUACAUCCAUUGAUUAAAAAAAUGAAUUGAA